CCAAGUGCAAAAUUCAAAUCAGAGCAUUGAGCCCCACAAUCUCAAUCAUGGCCGAACCAAUCGUCGUUCCCUUAGGGAAAACUCCUGCCGAACCCUGGGGAUUCCGGCUUCAGGGAGGCUUUGAAUUCCAAAAGCCCCUCAUGAUCCAGAGGGUAAACCAAGAAUCGGCCAGCGAUCGUGCAGGACUCAAGAGCGGAGACCUGAUCUUGGCCAUCGAUGGCCAAGACUGCUCAGUCAUGACGCACAAGGCCGCCCAAGACAUCAUUGUGAAUUGUGGCAAUGGUUUUGAGAUGGUCAUUCAAAGGGGUGGAGCACUGCAAUCAUCUACGUGGAAACCGGAAGUUCAGCCCGUGGGAGAGAUGCCAAAAGCCCCAACUAACGCUGGUCAAACCUUCACCAAAACCUCUUUGACCAAACAUCAAGAGCAAGAUUCUCACUGGGACGUGAAAUAUAAUACCACUCCGAAGGGGUUCAACCCUGCUGGUGGUGCCGGACAAUUUCAACCAACAAGUUUGCUUUCGAGCAAACCAAGCAGCUCUAGAACAGGCCAAUCUAGUAACUCGGGCUCUCCCACGCCUCUUGGUGGUUUCCGGUCUGUGGCUGCCCCAAUCACCAAACCUCGUGCCCCAGGACAAGAAAAUUCGCAAGGCUCUGCUCCCUUUCAAGGAGGACCCUUGUCAAAAUGCUUCCAAUGUGAUGGUGUACUAACAGGAGUUUUUGUCAAGGUAUCGGGGAAAACCAUGCAUGCUGAGUGCUUCAAGUGCGCCACUUGUGGAGGACCCUUGAAGAAUGUUGGAUACUUCAACAUCAGUGACAAGUUGUAUUGCGAGAAUUGUGCACGAGCUGCCAAAGCUGCCCAAAUCAUUGGCAUCCAAAACCAAUUUAAACAGGAACAGCAACCGCCACCACCACCACCACAACAACAACAACAACAACAACAACAACAACAACAACAACAACCAAUGCUGCAAAUGCAAAGAUCGCAACCACAACUACCAAGACCGCCACAAAUGAACCAGGGCAAUGGUGACAAAGGUGAUUGGUCCCAGAAGUUGAUGGCCAACCAAGCUGGUGGUGCUACCAAUGCUCAAGAUUUCACGAAGCAGUUCAUGGCCGACAUGUUUGCCCCAAGAUAAAACCACCAAUUAUCUCACUAUUCUCCGACAAAAAAUCCGCAUGAAAUACAAACACGCAUUGAUGGA